AGGACGCUCAUGGGACCGUACGGGAUGGACCGAACUGUGCAUUGCUUCGACUUCUAUGACUGUGCAAACGGCUUGGCUUUGCUGCUCCCAGCAGCUGCCCUCAGAUGCCUUUAGCCCUUGUGUUGUGCCAGUGCCUGCCCUGCUCCUGCUGCUUCUGCUUGUCACAUACAAUGGACAUGGGGUGGAGAAUUUUCACUGCUGGGAUUAAGGUAAUCGGUGGCAUCAAGGAACUCACUGGAGAGGAGUAUGGAGUUUACGUCAAGAGGAUCAUUCCAGGAGGGGUGGCUUAUGCAGAUGGGCGCCUGCAGCCAGGAGACCAGAUCCUGGAGGUCAAUGGAGAUUCCUUAAUCGGGGUGACAAGUGAGAGGGCUGUGGACAUCCUGCGGACGGCGUCAGCCACCAGCCACAUGCGGCUCCUGAUCGCCCGCGACGACGAUGCCAGGAGGGAGUUCUCUGAGCUCCUGGAGAAGUUUGGCUCCCAGAGCAACACUGGCUCAGCACGGAGCUCCCCAGUCCUGCAUGGUGGUGGUCGCUACCUGGAGAGCACCUCCUCGGGCUCCUCGUCGCGCUCGCAGAGCCCACUGCUGCUCAGCCCUGCCAGCUCCCACGGCCCCUUCUUGGGCAGCCCGGCACACCCCCAGCACGCACACUACUCCAUCGACUCAGGAAUCCAGAGCAUUUCCAUAGCAAAAUCCUCUGGCUUAGGGCUGACCAUCAGUGGGGGAGCCAACAGGCCUGAUGGCCCCAUGAUUUAUGUCCAAGAGCUCAUGCCAGAUGGGGACUGUUACAAGGAUGGUCGGCUGCGCCCUGGGGACCAAUUGAUUGCUAUCAAUAAGGAUUCUUUGGUGGGCAGCACAUAUGAAGAGGCCAGAAAAAUCAUUGCAAAAGCCAAACUCAGACAUGAGGGCAACACAGAAGUGGCCUUUCUUCCCGGAAGGGGACGGUUCCACCCCGGGCUGUCGGUCCAUAACAGCAGCACAUCACCACCCCCAAAGGCUGUGGGCAAUGGGCUGAGCUCCUGCAGGCUGAAGGUCCAUGUGAGGUCCCCAGAGACCCCCCGUGAAAAUCAUUUCCCUGUGCCUUCUUUGUCACCAGACAUCUGCCCACCAGAGCUGACUGUCUCAGCACCAACUUCAGCAUCUAACCACAGAGCAGCUUCAGGCACCAAACCAAAAGUAGCACUGGAUCCCCAUAUCCGCCUCAAGGAUGGCAAACUGGAACUGGUUCUGCAGUACCUUGGCCUGGAUGUGACUGAGGAGAAGAAGAGGCAGCUCCGGCAGAGCCUGACCACGGACUCGCAGGGGACAGUGGCCUAUGGGGAUCUUCUCCAAGCUCUCAGGGAUCUGAUGCAGGAGGAGCUGGAUGAGGCUGGUCUGGGCUCCAGCUCCAUGCUCUUCACACAGCACGAAGUGGCCAGCCUGCUGGACACCUCCGCCUUCCACUCCCCGACCUUCGACUCUCUCAGCUGUAACAGCAGCGAGGAGCUGGAGCAGCUGCAGCUGGAGAUGCUGGACCUGCGGCAUGAAGUUCGAAGGCUCAAGUCUCUGCUGAAAGAGGUGGAGAACAGCAAGAAGUCAAUGGAAGAUGAGCUUCAGAGGCUGAACCAGAAAGCCCUGGGCUUCCUCUCAGAGAACAGGACACUGCACAGCAAGCUGCAGAUGGCAGAGAUGGUGCAGAGACAGGCACACAGCGCAGAGCAGGACUACGAGGAGGUCAUCCACCUGCUGGAGGCGGAAAUCGCGGAGCUGAAGAUGCAGCUGGCAGGGAAGAAGGCAAAGCAGGUCUCAGAAAUAGAGGAGGACAUCCUGGCCCUGAGGAGACAGCUGUCCCUGGCGGGCGGGCAGCUGCGCCAGUCCGAGGUCUCACGCAAGCGCCUGGAGAUCUGCAACAGGAAGCUGCUGCUCUUCGUGCAGAAUGUCCACAAGGUCCUGAGCACCUCCAGUCAUCUGCCAGAGGAGAAAAGAGCCAGCAGUGAGACAGAAGAGGAUAAAACAGAGGCAGUCUCAGACACAUCUCUUCCAUCUUCAGAUCUUGUUGACCUUUUGCUAUCAGAAGCUAAAGAGCUGCUAGCGCCAAUCCUCUCCAGCAAGGAGGCUUCACCGUGUGACAGGGACCAGUGCCUGCCUGCUGAAGGGAUCCCAGAGUACAAGGACCACCUCCACCAGAAGCCCACCUGGCCCCCUCCUGCCAGCCAGGCCAAGAGCGACCCAGCGCAGCCGCCCAGCCCAGCCAAGGACCUGCCGCAGUAGCCUCCAGGAGUCUCCCACGGCGUCUGGCUGUGACCCAGCUGCUGCUGUGCUGGGAGAUGGGCAGGACACACCUCGAGUGCUUCACUUUCCAGGCAAACCAGACUGAGAAAGCAGCUUUCUUGACACAAGAUUAAGUCCUCCUAAGCACCCAAGACUUUGCCAGCAGCCUCCCUCCUGCGUGUCUACCUCCGAGCUAUCAUCCAAGGCUAUUUGCUCAUGGUUCUGCAGCUUUAUAGGAUAACACAAACAACCUUCUCAAGAGGCUCCAAGGGCCUGGAUUUCACUAGCAGCCUUUUAGAGCUUGUAUCCUGGCUAGUGAGAGGAGCGUGAAGGUAGCCAAGGGACUCAGGAGUCUCCAGCAGAUUCCUUUUUGGGGUUUCAUCCGAAAAACCAAAGCGUCUUUAGCGGCUGUAAAAUGAAAGCAUCUUCAGCUGUAGUGUCCUA